AUGUGGCUGACGGAAAAGUUUUAUGGCCUUCGAGGCAAGAGCCUCAACUAUGCAAUCGUCUGCAUUGCCGGUGUAGACUUUUUGCUCUUUGGCUAUGACCAGGGUGUUAUGGGAGGUAUCCUUACCCUCCCCGUCUUUCUUGGCCAGUUCCCGUCCAUCAACCCCGACGCCGAUGGCCUCACAUCAACCGAAUCUUCCCAACGGGCCACCAACCAGGGUAUAGCUGUCGCAUCUUACAACCUUGGGUGCUUCAUGGGCGCUAUAAUCGCUAUCUGGAUUAGUAACCCUCUCGGACGCAAGCGUAUGAUCAUUCUCGGUACCUCCAUCAUGGUAGUUGGAACUAUCAUCAAGAUCACUGCGUUUUCUCUAGUUCACCUGGUCAUUGGAAGGAUCAUCAUGGGCUUAGGCAACGGCAUGAAUACCAGCACGGUACCAACAUGGCAGUCCGAGACCAGCAGUUCACACAAGAGAGGCAAAAUGGUCAUGAUCGAAGGUGCUCUCAUCACCUGUGGUAUCAUGAUCUCAUACUGGAUCGACUUGGGCUUGUCCUUUGCUCCUGGGUCUGUGGCUUGGCGGUUCCCAAUCGCGUUCCAGCUCGUCUUCUGCUUUUUUAUCCUCGCCUUUGUCUGGAACCUACCCGAGUCGCCACGCUGGUUGAUCCUUAAAGGUCAUCACGAAGAAGCAAAGCUGGUCAUUGCAGCUAUUGCCGACCUGGAUGUCGAGGACACUUUCGUCAAGAACGAAUUCCAGGCGAUCAAGGAAACGGUUGAGGAAAUGUCCAAGGGCAGCUUCCGAGACUUGUUCGCAACCAACGAGAACAGGAAUCUGCACCGAACCUUCUUGGCGUACCUCAACCAGGUCUUUCAACAAAUCUCGGGUAUCAACUUGAUUACAUACUAUGCUGCCGUGAUCUACUCGGGGUUGGGCAUGUCGGACUUUAUGUCUCGGUUGCUGGCUGCGUUGAACGGCACCGAAUACUUUAUAGCAUCAUGGCCGGCUGUGUGGCUGGUGGAGAGAGUGGGAAGGAGAAAGUUGAUGUUGUUUGGCGCGACCGGACAAGCCAUAACUAUGGCAGCCGCGGCAGGUGUGACAUCCAGGUCCGAGGAGGGCUUCCAGAUCACAGGUGUGGUGCUUUUGUUCAUCUUCAACACCUUUUUCGCCAUUGGCUGGUUGGGCAUGACUUGGUUAUACCCAGCCGAGAUUGUGCCGUUGAGAAUCAGGGCCCCGGCCAAUGCUCUGUCGACGUCUGCGAAUUGGAUCUUUAACUUUAUGGUCGUCAUGAUCACUCCUGUGGCUUUCAACACCAUCAAACAUCAUACCUACACCAUCUUUGCCAUUAUUAACGCAAUUAUGGUUCCAUCCGUCUACUUUCUAUUUCCCGAGACUGCGUACCGAUCACUCGAAGAAAUGGACACCAUUUUCCAAAAAGUCCACGGAUGGGAGGGAUUGUUUACUGUCGUCAAACAAGCCGAAAUCGAACCCAGGCGGUAUGGAAAGAAUGGCGAACUGCUUUUGGAUGUCGAUGCUGUCCAUCGUGCUGAAAAGGGCGACUCGAGUUCUGCAACUGGUCAAGAGAACGAGCACAAGGAGGUUCGGACGGAGUAAAUUGACCAAUCAUGACAGCUAGAUAUGUAGAGGUACAGAGUACAGA